AUGGACAACGCCGCUCACGACAAGGUCUUGCACCAUAACAAGGUCGCCUUUAUCAAUUAUCUAGCCGCCGUGUUUGCGGCGUUUGGUAGUUUCCUGUUCGGUUAUGACAGUGGUAUUAUCGGAUCGGUCAUCUCGCCGUCCUACAAUCGCUUCCACGAAUACUUCCAUGCGAAAAACUCACCCUUGGUAGAUGGGAAGGAACGGGUAGAUCCCAACAUUACGGGGGCCAUCGUCAGUGUAUUCGCCGGUGGAGCGUUCUUCGGUGCCCUGCUGGCCGGUUUCACUGCCAAUAAGAUCGGUCGAAAGCGUACCAUUCAGCUCGGUUCGCUCAUUGCGACCGUUGGUUGUGCCAUUCAGACCGGAGCGAUUAAUGUUGGCAUGCUGAUUGCUGGUCGAUUCAUCGCUGGAUUAGCCAUCGGGGUGUUGUCCAUGAUUGUGCCGCUUUAUCAAGCCGAAAUUUCGCCUCCUCACGCUCGAGGUCUGUUGUCGGGGUGGACCCAGCAGAUGAUCGGCUUUGGUUUCUUGGUUGCCUCGCUUGUCGGAUUCGGCUGCGAGUCUCUGACGACUUCCGAUGCUCAGUGGAGGAUCCCUCUUGCCAUUCAAAUCGUACCGGCCGUCGUCCUCUUUGGGGGAAUGUUCUUCCUCCCUUACUCGCCUCGAUGGUUGGCUUCGGUCGGACGGGAAGAUGAGGCUCGAAGCGCGCUUGUCCGGUUACACGGAGGAGAACGACGGGCUGACAUGGAGGUCAUCGAUGCCGAGUUCAGCGAGAUUCAAGCUCAAAUUAGUUGGGAGCGCGAGAACGUCAGCACGUCGCCUCUGGACUUGGUCAGGACUAGGCCCAACUUGCAUCGAACCCUUUGUGGUUGUCUUGUUCAGGCCAUGUGUCAAUGGACCGGUGUCAACGUCAACGCAUACUUUGCGCCGACAAUCUAUUCCAACCUUGGUUACACUGGAAACAAGCCUCUGCUUAUUAAUUCGAUUCAAUCUGUCUGGUCGCUCGUGGUCACCUUCGUCUUCAUCACCUUCCUCGUCGAUCGUAUCGGACGUCGUAAGCCACUCAUCAUCGGACCCAUCUUCAUGGCCGGGUUCCUCGCCUGGCAAGCCGGUAUCGCCAGCCAGUUCACUGCGGGUAAGGGCAAUAGCGGUCUCGGAAUUGCGGGUAUCGCCAGCAUCUUCCUCUUCUCGGGAGCGUUCUCGAUGUCUUAUGGACCGGUCAGCUGGAUCUAUCAGUCCGAGAUUUUCCCUAUGAAUUUGCGUGCCAUGGGUACCUCUGCGAGCACUGCGGCCAAUUGGUUGAACAAUGUGAUCAUCUCUCAGUUCACGCCCAUUGGAUUGGAAAACCUUGGAUGGAAAUUCUUCCUACUUUUCGUGGCCACCAACUUGAGCAAUGCCGUAUUGGCCUACUUCCUCUUCCCCGAGACAAAGGGCAAAACGUUGGAAGAGAUCGCCGCGGUCUUUGGCGAUACCAACGUUGUUCGUCCUCCCACCGAAGUCGCAAUCAACGAGUACGAAGACGACAAGAAGAUGGGCGAGUUCUCGCAUUACGAUCGAACCGACAAGGUCUAG